GCUGAUGUCAGCCUGGUCGCGCUCGCUCCUCCCGCACCCACCUCCCGGCCCCAGGCACACUGCAGCUCCGCGCGGUCUCUCCAGACUCGGCGAGGUAGCUGCAAACUCACGGGCACGCACGGCACUCGCAGAGCCGAGGGACUCGGGGGAGGGGACGCGCGCAAGGCGCUGGCAGCCACCCUCCGAGGUUGGAGACACCCGGGGCCCAGAGCAGGGGAGAGCCCUGGCGGCCACGGCUUCCCUUUUCUCUCCUAGCUGAGCUCUGGAGAGACUCGGGGACUAGCCCUAAAAAAGAGCAGGAAAUCUUGUUUACCGCCCGGGGAGAGGAGACCAGCGAGCCUUUGUUUGGAAAGUCAGCAUCGCCGGCUCCCGCGGCAAUGUGUUCCUGGUGACAUUAGCCCAGGGUAGACGGGUCGCAGGAAAAGGGGGCUCGCAAGGUUCAGCUCUGCUUUCGGACGAAGAUCGAGAGGGUGACUUUUGUGCAUUUGUUUGGAUUUGUGUAAAUCUUUCCCCCUUUUCUCUUGCCCGCUGCCGGGCAUGUCCUGAUCUGGUGGCCGCGCCUACCAGCCCGGGGCUGUCGAUCGGAGCUGUCUCCCGCGGGUCUCCCUCCCUCAGCUCCUGACUUUGCAAUACCGGGAGGGCUGAUCUCCGCGAGGAAGGAGGCGGGGGAGUCACAGACACCGGGAUUCGAAGCUUGACAUGCUCCGGGGCGGACCGGAGGCAGCCAGGAGCUGAGCGCACAGCCGGGGCUGCUUCGCUUGCCGGCUCCCAGUGCCCUUGCCUUCCGCUGGGCGCCAACCUUGCUCAUCUGUUGGGACGCCCCCUUCUUCCCCGCAGUCCGCGGCCCGUAGGACCAUGCUGCUGAAGGAGUACCGAAUCUGCAUGCCGCUCACCGUGGACGAGUACAAAAUCGGACAACUGUAUAUGAUCAGCAAACACAGUCAUGAGCAGAGUGACCGGGGAGAAGGGGUGGAGGUCGUGCAGAAUGAGCCCUUUGAGGACCCUCACCAUGGCAAUGGGCAGUUCACUGAGAAGCGAGUAUAUCUUAACAGCAAACUGCCUACCUGGGCUAGAGCUGUUGUUCCCAAAAUAUUUUAUGUGACCGAGAAGGCUUGGAAUUAUUACCCCUAUACAAUCACAGAAUACACAUGUUCCUUCCUGCCGAAAUUCUCCAUCCACAUAGAAACCAAGUAUGAGGACAACAAAGGAAGCAAUGAUAGCAUUUUUGACAAUGAAGCCAAAGACCUGGAAAGAGAAGUGUGUUUUAUCGAUAUAGCCUGUGACGAAAUUCCAGAACGCUACUACAAAGAAUCUGAGGAUCCUAAACACUUCAAGUCUGAGAAGACAGGCCGGGGGCAGCUAAGAGAAGGCUGGCGGGAUAGCCAUCAACCCAUCAUGUGCUCCUACAAGCUGGUGACCGUCAAGUUCGAGGUGUGGGGCCUUCAGACCCGAGUGGAGCAGUUUGUGCACAAGGUGGUCCGAGACAUCCUGCUGAUUGGACACAGACAGGCCUUUGCAUGGGUUGAUGAGUGGUACGACAUGACAAUGGAUGAAGUACGAGAAUUCGAACGAGCCACUCAGGAAGCCACCAACAAGAAAAUCGGUGUUUUCCCACCCGCCAUCUCCAUCUCCAGCAUUGCCCUGCUGCCUUCCUCCGUGCGCAGCGCCCCAUCCAGCGCCCCGUCCACCCCUCUCUCCACAGAUGCGCCAGAAUUUCUGUCCAUUCCCAAAGACCGGCCCCGGAAAAAGUCUGCUCCGGAGACACUCACACUUCCGGAUCCCGAGAAAAAAACCACCCUGAAUUUACCUGGUGUCCACUCUUCUGAAAAGCCAUAUCGGCCCAAAUCAGAGUAACUUCAUGUGAACAUCCCAUUGGGUUUUAUAUUUUCAUUUGAGGCUUUUUUUUUUUUUUUUUAAAGAGUCCUCUGAGAGAGGAAAAGACUGCCUCGUCACUCAGAUGUGUUCUUUGAUCUCAGAGUGUGCAUGUGGUUAAAUAAUUUCACAGAUAGCGAGAAUCCCUACGUGUGCCACACAGCGUCAUAGUGAAUAUGAGAUGUAAGACUAGGCGGAAAACAAAUAAACAAAAAACCAGGAGGGGCGGAGGACAGAACUUAGCGGCAUGAAGCCCUAGGUUCAAUCCCUGACAUGGAUAGCUAGACGAGAGGAUCA